AUGGGGGCAGAACAUUCCGGCCAUGUCUCCAAGUCACAACGCAGAUACAAAGUCCGAUUCCAGAGCGACAUCAGAAGAUCGAAGAGGAUAGGCUCGAGUAUCCCGGCCAACACAGAACCUGCACCCGUAGCUGUGAGGCCGACGCAGACACAGACACAGAUACAGAAGCAGAGGCAGAAAAAACCCAGCCAUGGGCAUGAUCCUCCUCCGAUCGAUGAACGAGCCACGCCGGCUGUUAACAAGGACGAAGACGAAGACGAAGACGCCGGUGCAGAACAACCUGAUGCGCCGUUCCAAUGUCUGCAAGACAACAGCGGAGACCAACCAGCCGCGGCCGGGGAUGCUUCGCUUGUCUUUGUGUCUCCCAAAGAGCGUCAUGAUGAGUCGGGCCAGCCUCAUCCCGAUGACUAUUCCUCUACCCUGGACUCGUUCUGCAUUCAUCCCAAUGGCAUCUCCCACGUCGGCUAUCUCGAUGACGGCGGGUUGAUGCGUGAACAUGACGAAGCACUCCCCUCGGCCAUGUUCCUGGCUCAGAGCCCAGAGUCGCAGAGUCACCACCAUCUCUCGCCCCAACUAUCCUUUCAGGCCGACAUCUUGCCCAAGAUCCCGCGCGAAAUCCCCUACCCGUCGCUGUGGUCAGGCAUGCGCAGAUCGGAGCGGAGGCUUAAUCUGCAAUACUACAUUGAAAAGGUGGUCCCGCAACUGAUGCCCCUGUGGAAUGCGGCGGACAACCCGUUCCUCUGCAUCAUCGUCCCAGCAGCCGCCGAAUCGGAUAUUCUGAUGCACGCCAUCAUGGCCCUCUCGUUUUACCAUCGCUCCUUACAGUCUCGGCUACUGCCCGACAGCUCACGCGAGUACGGACGAAACGAAGACAAUGACGCGGUGAAAGCGCUGUGGCACAAACAGAAAAUCCUGACGUUGCUCCAGGGCAAACUGACCAAGCCCGACUUUGUGACUGACGACGCCACCCUGGCCGCUUGUAUGCUGAUGCAGACAUUUGAGGUGUUGUUUUCUGGUACCAGCGGCUGGGAUCACUGGCUGAAGGGGGCCACUCUCUUCAUCCAGCUGAGAGGGAAGCUGGAAAGCGAUCUCAAGGACUCCAACAGCUGGGUCCGGCUGGUCAAGUGUGUGGUGGCGGUGGAGACCUUCGCGGCCACGUCGACGCGGUUCGACCUGUUGAUCUCGGAGCAAUACUGGAACAUCUAUCGUCGCCUGCGCCAGGACAGUCUCCAGAAGAUGGCCAUGGGCCAGCUGUCUAGCCUCAACGAGUCUUCGGAUGACGAACACUUUGAGAAGCUCGUCGGCUGUCCCGUGGUCGUUGUGUAUUCGCUCGGGCGCAUGGUCAUGCUCAUGCAAUCGCGCGAAGAGACUGAGGACCCGUCGCGAGGCUCGCGCUUCCACGACGAGGACUCGAAGUGGUACAGCACCUGGUCGAUCGAGGCCAUCAAACUGGAGGAUCUGUUAUUCCGGUGGCAGCCCAAGGACACGAAGCUGGAGAAGACGCACCUGGCCGAGGCAUUCCGCCAGGCCGCGCUGGUGUACUAUUACCGCAACAUCCGCCGGCUGGAAUAUAACCAUCAGACAGUGCAGUAUCACGUCCGACGCACGUUUGACCACCUCGGCGCCAUCGCGCCCUCGUCUGACAUUGAAGGCAUCGCGCUAUGGCCGACCAUGAUCGCCGCCAUCGAGAUCGACGAGACCAAGAACCCCGAAUUGACCCAUCGCGCCAUCAAACACUUACGAGGCAUCAGCAAACACAUGGGCGAUCCGCUCCAUCAGAACACCGAGAAUGCCCUCAAGCUCCUCUGGUCGCGUCGGAGGGACGCUGAGUCAUGGGAGAAGAGGAUGGCUGUCGACUGGAACGAAUUGAGCAGGGAAAUGGAUUGGAAAUGGUGUUGGGUUUAA